AUGAGUUGGGCAGUGGAAGAGUGGAAGGAUGGCCUUCCAAGCAAGGCUCUGCAGAAGAUCCAGGAAAUUGAGGGUCAACUGGACAAAUUAAAGAAAGAGAGACAGCAGAAACAGUUUCAGUUGGAAUCCCUGGAGGCUGCUCUUCAGAAACAAAAACAGAAGGUUGAUUCAGAGAAGAGUGAAGCAACCGCUUUGAAGAGGGAGAAUCAGUCUCUGGUAGAGUCUUGUGAGAGCCUGGAGAAAACUAGACAGAAAAUAAGCCAUGACCUACAGGUGAAAGAGCAGCAGGUCAAUUAUUUGGAGGGACAGCUAAACGCGUCCAAGAAGCAGGUUGAGAGGCUGGAGCAAGAACUCAAAAAAUAUAAAAAUGAGUUGGAACGGUCUCAGACGUCACACACAACAGACAUCCCGUCUUACAGCACUCCACAGAAGACGUUUGUCGCCCCGAACACGCCAAGCUUCAGACAGACUGAUUCAAAGAUGGAAGAAUUACAAGAAAAGUAUAAUCAAGAAGUUGAAGAGAGAAAAAGACUGGAGGCAGAAAUCAAGGUCUUGCAAGUGAAGCUGUUGAACCAGUCUUCAAUGAGUCAUAAGGACAUCGCCAGGCAACAGACAGGCUCCUCUAUAUUUCCAUGGCAACAGGACCAAACACAUGGUCGUCAGUCACUGAACGCCAUGGAGACGCCAUCAAGAAGAAGAAACGGGCCGUCGGGUUUCGCGUGGAGUUUUGAUGACACUCCCAUCAAACCGCACCAACAGAACACGUCACAUGUGUUGCCGACUGACACAGCCUCUUCUCAGCAGAUGGAUCAGCUGAGGACUUUAAAUCAAGAUCUGAAGAGUAAGGUGUCCGAGCUGGAGAUGCGUCUCCAGGCGCAAGAGAAAGACACGAAGAAUCAGAUGAACAAGCUGAGUGAGAUCCAGAGCCAGCUGGACAAGGCCAGGACUGAGCUGGCCGAGAAGGACAGGCUCCUGGGCAGAUCGAGAGACGAGCUGGCGAAAGUCACAGGGCAGCACGAACAAGCCGUUUCCAAGUGCUCGUCAGUGGAACAGAGGCUAAAACAAGUGACGGAGGAGAUGAGCUGUCAAAGGCACAAUGCAGAGAGCACGCGCCGCUCACUGGAACAGAAGAUCAAGGAUCAGGAGAGGGACAGUCAGAAGGAGGUUGCACAGCUUCAGAAUUCCCUUCGAGCACUCGAUCAACAGUUAAACCAAGUGAAAAACAAAAUGAGUCAGGAGAUACAGCAGGCCAAAAAAGACUGCAACGUUUUACAGUCUGAGGCAGACAAGGUGACUUCUCAAAAGAAAGUAUUGGAGAAAGAACUGGAGGAGCAGAAACAAAAGCUUUUCAGGUCUGAACAAGGACUCCAGGCCAGUCAAGCGAAGGAGACAGAACUGAAGAGGAAAUUUGAUGAGAUGCAAAGAGAGAAAAACAGUCUGAGCCUUCAGCUAGACCAAGGGAUGAAGAAACUGAACCAGCUGGAAGAAGAGCAUAAAACAGUGACGCAGAACUUGAAGCAAAGCCGUGCCCAAGUGGACGAUUUAAAGGCCAAAACUCAAGCUCAGAAUGAAGAACUAAGCACACUCCGCAUGAAAUUGGACAGUCAAAGCAAGUCGUCGGCAAGUGAACUGGAGAACAUUAAGAAAAACGUGACUGAACUCGAAGCCAAAAACGAGAAAUCACGAAACGAGCUGCGAAAGCAGGCAGAGGAGAUGGAACAGUUGGCAAAUAAGAUUUGUUCUUUGGAGAAGGACAAUGAAGACCUCAGGUCAACAGCAAAAACCAGUCAAGAUGAAGUUGCUGAAAUGAACAAGGUCUACAACACUCUCUUAAACUGGAAGAAUGAAAAGGAGCAAAUGAUAAAGGACACAGAGUUGGAACGUGACGGCAUGCUGAGGAAAAUCGCGGACUUGGAAAAAAGUGCAGCAGUGUUUGAUGAUGAACGAAAUGGACUUAAGGAGAAGAUGCAAGAUUUAGAGAAAGAGAAACAAUGCCUGUCUGCUCAGAUUGACUCAAUCAAAGGUGAACUUCUGAACAAAUGCAUGGAACUGGAGGAAAAAGGCAGAGCGCUUGAAGAGCUUCAGCAACAGUAUCGAGAAGCCGGUGAAAAGCACGGCAAGGACCUCGAGAAUUCCGUGACGCAAAUUAGCGUCCUGCAGGGGAAAGUGCAGGAGCUGGAAAUGAGAUUGCAACAAGAGAAAUCCAAGUUGGAGAGACUGGAGCAGUCUCACGUCGAGCUUCUAGCUCAAUAUGAAAGCGCGUGCGAUUUGGCCAAGUCCAAGGACUCGAUCAUUGAGCUGAACAGGAACGAGAUCACACACCUCCAGGAGCAGGCGGCCCAGGCUGUGGCCUUACAGGAGCAGCAGUUGGAUAAAUUUACGGAGGAGAAAUCCAGUCUGCUGAAAGAGUGUGAGGAGGGCAUGUCUCAGAAAACCGACGAGGCAGAGCAAGCGAAAAUAAGCUUGGAGAAGUGUCAGCAAGAACUGCUUUUGUCAAAAGAUGAGAUUUCUUCCUUGCAGUCUGCUUUGAAAUUGCAAAAAGGGAUUAGCAAAGAGGUGCAGGUCAAAUAUGAUGAUCUGUGUAAAGUCAAAGAAGAGCUUCUGGAGAAGAUCUCUGAGGCGGAGAAGAGGGAGGACGGUUUAUUGAAGGAGGUCGAUACUCUUUCUGAGCAGUCCAAGUCUUUUUGUGCUCUUCAAGAGCAGUUGCAAAGUUUAACAGCCGCAGCAGAGGAGAGCAAAGUGGCUUUAGAAAAUAUGAAAGAAUGCCAAAAUCAAACCUCCAACGAGCUGGAAAGCCAGAGAGCGAGAGCUGAGAAGCUUGAAAUGCAGUUGAAAGACUCGGAGGUUAAGAUUUCUGAUUUAGCAAAGGCAAAUGCUGCAUUGGAGGAGAAACUGCAGAAAACUGUUAUUGAAAGCGAGGAGUUUUGUUUGAAAUAUGAAAGCCUCCAAAAGACCCACAUCGAACUGUGUGAAGAAAAGGACAACCUGACCAGACAACUUUCUGGUUUGUCAGAGGUAAUUGCUGAGAAAGAGGCUGCUGUGGAAAUGUCAGUGGCUAUAAAGAGCGAACUUGACUCCUCAAAUCAGUUGUGUACAGAGCUGAAAAGUUCAUUAGAAGCUGUUCAGAAGAUGCAUGCCAGUGUUUUGGAGCAGAAUUCCAACUUGGAGAAUAUGGUGAAAGAGAAAUCAGAUAAAAUUUCAUCACUGGAGAUAAGCGUCAAAGAAUUAUCAGAUAAAUAUAACAAAGUAUCUGAAGACAACGUGAAGGAAAUGGAGAUCCAACUUCAAAAGCAAAAAUGUUUGAAAGAGCAGGUCGAUACAUUGCGUGAACAAUUGGAAAUUAAAUGUCUUGAGGUCACAGAGACAACAGAGAAGUUGGAGAACGCCUUGGCUGAAACAUCUGGGCUAAGGCAAAGUCUUAUUUCAAGUAAUGACAAGCUUACAGAAGUCACUGACUCCUUCCAGAAUAGCUUAAAAGAAAUGGAGAUUUUGAAACAAACUGCUGCUGGACAUGAACCAGCCUUGGAAUCCCUGAGAGCCGCUCUAGCUGCAGUGAAGAGCAGCGAGGAUGCAAAGACAUGCGAGAUCCAAACACUGAAAGAGAGACUACAUGAAGCUGAAUUCGAACAGUCCAAAACCUCUGACGCUCUGAAGGAAAAAGCCAUCAGCAUGAACAAGAUCAAAGUGCAGCUAGAGAUGCUUCAGAUGGACCUCGAGGACAAUGAGGCCUAUAUGAGUUCCUGUGAUUCACAAAUGGAGGAACUGCGAAGCACCAUAAGCUCACUGGAGGAGAAGCUAGGUGAGAGCGAGGCCCAGAGGGGUUCCUUGCAAGGCGAACUAGAAUCCGUCAAAGAGGAACUCGUUGGGAAGGACCAUGAAAUCUCACGACUGAGUACUUGUUUGGAAGAUGCUCAGAAGCAACACCAGUCCACUGCCGCUCUAGCCUCUGACCUGGGGUCUCUCCAGGCAGCCAAUGAGAAAUUUAAAGUGACUCUGGAGGAAGAGAUUUGUAAACGUGCAAACGUUGAGAGAAUGCACAGCGGCCUAACUGAACAAAAGCUCAAGUUGGAUUCAGAGAUUAACAAAUUACAGAAGGAAUCUCAAACUGCUCGGAAGGCCAUCGAUGAAUUAAAACAAGAAAAUGAUCGUCUUCGGGAGUAUUCCAGCCUGUUGUCCCAAGUGACGGAGCAGCAGUCUCGUAUCGAGCAGCUUCAGUCCGAGAAAGAUCUGGAAAUGAAUUCUGACACCGACUCACAGACAUGCGAAAAUGUUUCGGAUCUGUCUAACGGUGCAAUCGCUGAGCUUCCAUUUUCAGAUAUUUCCAUAUUGCCUUUUGAAGAAGAGGCCCUUUCUGUGAACAGUCCAGUCACAGUGGAACCGAACGAACGAGCCAAAACCCGCAGCCACGAGACAUCUCUACGGUCCGACGAGGACGUUUGUUUAUCUCUGGAAGAGCAGCUGCGACUCAGGUCCAGUGAGCUUGCCGAUCUCUCUCAUGCUUUUGAGGAUGCAGUCAGAUCCCUUGAGGACCAAAAACAAACCGAAAUGGAACAGGUCAGAUUGCGGCACGCAUCGGAGCUGGAGAACAUGCAGCAGCAAAUGGUCAGCCUAAAGGAAGAGAUGGAAGCCAAACUCUUUGUCGAGCGGCAACACUCAGAGAUAUUGUUGUCACAGCUGGAGACGGCAAGGCAACAGUUACAGGAACUGGACCUCGCCUCACGGUCCCUUGUUUCUGCCGAAACAACACAUAAUACACAGGAUAUCAAAGAAGGGACCUUGAAAGCUGAGGAGGCAGGGGCCCAGAAUGAGGAGUCAGAACACAGUGAUUCACAGACCAGUCCAAUUGUGCAGUGUGAAUCAAGUGUGUAUUCAGAGUCCCCUUCAACUGCUGCAGUUCAUAGAUCCGCUCCUGACGCGUCUCCUGAAGAAGAACGCCUGUUUUCUGAACUGGACUUCAAUAAGGAAACGCUCAGAAGGCAGGAGGAGGAAAUUCAACGUUUGCAGUCCCAGUUAGAAGUCCUGACCUCUGAGAUGUCAAUCAGGAAGGGCCUGUGUACGGAGCUGGAGAACAAGAUCCGUGAGAUGGAAACAGCAAACUCCGAUUCGGCUGACAGGAUCGGCGCGCUCGCUCUCGACAAACAAAGGCUAAGCGUCGAGGCCUCGGAACUGACGGAAGAAAUCGAUUCUUUGAAGCUUCAGUUGCAGACGACCAAAUGUCAACUGUCCGACGUGAUGGAGAUGUUGGAAAACCUAGAGGUGGCCAAGGGGAGCUGGGACGAGAAAUUCUUCCAGAUCGAGAGCGAUCUGAAGAGAGUGCGAUCGGAAAAGGCUAAUCUAGAGAAUCACAUCCUGUCCAUGGAAGCCGACAUGGAUGCGCUGCAGGAACAGAAACGGAGCUUGGAGGUUGAGAUCGAAACCGUCCGGAGGACAAAUGCCAACCUGGAAGAGCGGCUGAGCGCUACGAUCGCGGAAGGUGGACAUCUGAAACAAGAGCUUCUUUUGUGUGCCGAGGAGAGGGAAAGUGAAAAUCAGUCUCUUCUGAAGUGGAAGGAAAAGGCUCAGCUCCUGGAGAAGAAAGAAGCAGACACAAGAGAGCUGAUUAAAGUGCUUGAAGAGGAUAUUACAAUUGGAAAAAGGCAGUCUGAUGCGGCCUCUUGUCAAAUUGAUGCGCUUCUGAAGGAAAAGGAGCAGCUUUUGGUAGAGUCUCAGGCUCUCGAAAAUACGCUGGCACUGCUAACCGCGCAGAACAAAGACUUGAUGACAGAAGUUGAUCAGCUCAAGAACGCAGACAGCGCAGCAUCUCGAGACUCCGAAACAGUGGCUUCUAAAAUCCAGUCGUUAGAGGAGGAGAACUUAAAGCUUUCUCAGUCCUUGGAGUCUUCUCUCUUGGAAAAAGGGGAGAUUGCUUCCAGGCUGAUCUCUACCCAGAAGGAGGUGAGUCAGAUGAGAGAGGGUAUUGAGAAACUGAAGGUCCGAAUCGAAUCCGACGAGAGGAAGAAAAAACACACGAGCCAGCUGCUCAAAGAAGCGCAGAGAAAGGCGGACGCUCUCCAGGACAAAAUCGAAAGCCUUGAGAGAGAGAGAGAGGUUUCCGACCAGAGUCUCGAAGACGCCGUCCUUCAGGCUGAGACCGCGAAAGCUGAGCUGGAGGAGCUGCAGGUGGAAAAAGGAGAGCUUACGAAGAGAAUCGACGAGUUGACCAGCGAGCUGAACGCUCUAAGAGACGAAAAAAGCAAGCUCGAAGAGGCGCUCGCUCAAAAGAACGAAUUGAUCCAGCAGCUUCAGGUGUCCAAUCAGGAGGUUGCCGAAAAGUUUGAGAACGUGGAAAAGGCGAUGAAAGAGGCCGAAAUAAAUCAGAAGAAAGCGGUGGAGGAUCUUCGAUCUAAGCUGGAAACGGCGCAGCUGAAAGAGCAGGAUCUGACGAGUCAGCUGUCGAGCCUUCGGUCUGAGAAGGAGCAGUUCGCUCAGAGACUGCACGAAUCCGAGACGCUCCACGCGGAGAUGCAGUCGUCGAACCAGUCGCUGCUGACAGACCUGGAGUCCAGGCUGCAGGGUGUCAGGAGGGAGAAUGAAGAGCUUCAGCAGCGGGUCGCCGAGCUGCAGGGCCUGUCGUCCGUCACGGUGGAGAGAGACGAGUUACAGAGGGAGAAGGUCUGCCUGCAGUCUAAGACAGAGGUCAUGCAGCUCACCAUCACCUCUCUGGAAACCAGCAUCAAGAACCUGGAAACUCAGCUAGAGGCCGCAAAACACACGAGCACCGAACUUUCUGAAAAGGUUCAAGCGCUUCAUGAAAGUAAUCUGAAAAUCCAGAAUCAACUUCAGGAAGAACUGAAUAAGGCGAAGGAGAGACAGAACGCUUGGGAGCAAGAUCGAAACUCGCUGACAGAUCAACUGCAAAAAUCCGCACAGCUUGCGGAGACGCACGAGCUGUCACUAGAAGCGUUGACGUCAGAGAGGGACGAGUUGAAAAGGCGUCUGACAAGCGUGGAAGAGAGUCUUACAGAGGAGAUGAGUGAGAGACAGAGACAACACGAAGAAGCCGUGAAGCAGGCGGAGCAGCGUUAUGAAAAGGAGUUAAACGCUUUGAAGGAUAAAAUGAUGUCGGCGGAGGAAAAAGCCGCACAGUAUUUGUCUGAACUCGACGGCCUCAAGUCCCACAAGGACGAGGGGAACGCUGCCCUUACCGAGUUACAAAGCAAACUGCAAGAUUAUGAAAAAGUUAAGGAGGAGUUAAACUCUAAGAUUACGCGUCUGAUGAAAGAGAGAGACCGCGCUGUGAGUCAGAUGACCCUGUGGAUGAAGUCGUGCAAACAGCUGGAGGGCGAGAAGCAGAGCCUUGAGGAGCAAAGCCAGCGGCAGGCAGAACAGAUUACAGCGCUUAAGGCAGCAUCACAGGCUCCAGCCCUGGACGCGAUCAAAGGUGACGGUGUUCCCAGCGCUGAGGAGUUGCUGGCGGAGGUGAAGGAGCUGAAGGAGGCUCUGGAGGAGAAGUCUCGCGAGGCGGACGAGGGGAUGGACAGGUACUGUGGCCUCAUGGUCAGAGUGCACAAACUGGAGGAGACGAAGGAGAGUCUGGAGAACAAGGUGAGGCAGCUGAGCGGCCGGGCGGCGACCGCACGGCGCAGGAGCGACCGGAGCUCGCCGCCCGGCGACGCGACGGAGGACGCGAAAAGCCCCAGCAAGGAGACUCCGCCCUCCAGCAAGAGGCAGAGGGGAGAGGACCCCUCGGCGCUCCAAGCUCAGGAGGCCCUCCGGAACGCCGCUAAGAGGAUCCGCGCGACGGCCACGCCCAACGCGGGCCGGUCUCGCCCGGACCAGGACGAAGAGGAGUUCAGACCCGAGGGCCUGCCCGAGAGAGUGAAGAAGGGGUUUGCUGACAUCCCCCUUGGCGAGGCCAGUCCGUACAUCCUGCGAAGAACCGUCCAGCGCUGUAGCCCUCGUCUGGCUGCCCGCAGGUCCCCUGCAGCCUCACAGAACUCCUCACCCCUGGAGCACUGCCCCAAGACACCAGCAGAGGGCAGCAGCCUACACAAAGUGGCUAAGGGCGCCCAGAGCGCAGGCAGUCCACUGGUGGCCCUGACAAACAGCCCCAGGGGAAAGGCAUUGCAAAGCCCCGGCACAGAAGACAAGACCAGACGUUCCCUCAGCACCAAGAAAACACCAGAGCAGAGGGAGAAACGUCGGCACGUUACAGCCUCUGCUAAACAGGACGACAACUGCCAAGUUCAGUAA